AUGGAGGUCACCAAACGCGCCAAAUCGAAUCGUCUCGUUUUACGGCGUGUUGCAAAAGCCAGAGCUCUUCCACUGGUAAGUGUUGAUUUUGUUCUUCCUACAUCUACAGACGUUUCGUCCAGUCUCAGUCGUUUGAGGACAAACGCACCUCGUUUACGUUCUCAAGCACUCUUCUCGUCAAAAGGUGCCCUAGAGAAAAUUGCAAUCACAUCGCAAUCCAAACAUAGCUAACUGGACCUAGAUUUUGAGAGCUCGGCAUUUGCAACUCGAGAUGGCGCAUGCAGCAGCCAUCCAUAAACUCUCAUUCAAUACUCUUGAUCAAAUACUCAUAUAUCUGUGCGAAGAUGGAAAUCUGAUGCUAGAUCGGGAUAAACCCAUAACUAUUCAAGAUAUCGCCGCUUUUCUUCCUGCCUCUUGCUUCUCAAAUGUAUUGAACUUUCGACAGGUGAACCGCAACUGGAACAAUGUUUAUCGACUGAGAUUCGAGCCGCGCCCUAAAUUAUUGCAGUUACCAGCCGAGCUUCUGAAUAAGAUCGUGGAGCAUCUUGCCCCUCGGAAAGCAUGGCCGAAAAAGCAGAAGCUGAUCGAGAAUAGAAGCACCCUCAGUUUAGAGAGCUUCUCAGAACAUAGACCCUCACCAGAGAACGAUGUCAAUCCACUUAAGCAAUUUGUAGGUCUCUUUACUUCUUCCCCUUUCCAAUGUCGCCCUAGAAAGGAAGCGAUAUUUUCUCACAUGCAACUGCCACCAGUCGGAAUGAAUUCUUCUGGUUGGUGGUCAGGUUGCUUUCUUCCACUCCUCUACAAGCUUGAGUGUACAUCACUCUCAGACUGUGCCCAGCGGGGUUUUUGAGAGACAUUGCCACUGCUCUAGACAGACUUUUAGGAGGUAGUAUGCUAAGCUCCUGGCACAAACAAAUUGUUGUCCUAGCUUACUUAGGUGAAUAAUAAGUGGAAGAUGUUGAUUAUUUCAAAGCGUUCGUACAAGCAUUUUGUACAAGGCUUUUAGAAUAAUAGUAUCUUAACUUAUGCAGUGCCUAGAGCAAUGACCGCCUCUCAUACAUUCCUUUAUAGUCCGAAGUUUUGUUGUUUACUGAUAUCCAGACUAGAGACUUGUUUGUCGACAAUUUUCGUAUAUGGACCUUUGUCUUGAGCAUUUAUUUUCACGAGUAACUACUCGUUUUUCUCCUACCGGAUUUGAAACGCUUCACGAGAUUUUGUUGGGACGAAGUAUUCGUACCAAAGUUAAAAAGUUUACUUAUAUGGUCCCUCGAUUUUAUGUUGGAGGCAAGGAACGCACCAUCAUUGAUGAAUUAAACUCUAACUCUAGUGUACAGACAUAAACCAACUUGAAAAUAUGUUAAAGGAGCAGCGAACCAGUCCAGAAUUUUCUCAGCCGUCAAAUUCUCAUCAAACGGCAUCGGCGCAUCAAAGAACACCAGGUAGCUAUAUGAAUGAAUUACGCCAGAAGACGGACAAGAUGAUAAGUGAAAACAUCGAGAAGGCCAAGAACCAGACGCGCAUUAUAGAACAAGGAAUCGACUCUAGAGCAUUGUUGCUUGCCUUUUUGCUAUUUAAAGAUCUUCAACAAGUGAAGUUACUGCGGGUGGUAGAUCGGAGUGAUGAAUGGUGGUCGAGAUAUCUUGUUCGGCUGAGAAACCUUGCUCAGACCCCCUUAGAUGAGGCACACUUGAGCUGGAUCGAAGCUUACGACCAUGCUACAAAGUCUCUUGCAAAUGCUUUCCUAAAGUCAGGAAACACAGAGGCAUGGAAUUUCUCCUGCCAAUUUGUGGACUUUCGGACGCCCGUGAUUGCGCCAUCGGAUUCCAUUCUCCCAGGGGCAAUCACUAGGUUGAAGUUUCUGACUUUGCAAUUAAUUGACGAAGAAGGAAUUGACAUGACCGGGAAGGUGCUACGUUUAUCGCAGCUCUGCAGUGAAAUUAUGAGGCAAACCAGACAUUUGAGCGGCCUUCAUAUUGGGUUUUCAAGGGUUAUCUCUGCACCACUGGAGUCCGUUUUUCACAACACGAGAUGGAAUCAUUUAAGGUAUUUCGGCAUACACAUGUGGUCGUUGGAUGGCGAGGAGAUCAUCAGGCUGCUUCGUCGCCACCCGGCACUGACUUCAGUACGCCUACGGCAAGUCUCGCUCAAGGAAGGAAGUCGAUGGGAGGAUGUUUUGAGAGUCAUCAAGCAAGAGCUCAACUUGAAAUGGCUGAGUCUUUUUGAAAUUGGCUAUGGGUCUGCUGGUGUUGGGCCAAUUCAUAUGAUUCAAGAAGAAGACUCGGAUGCUGAACAUGACGACAAUAGUGGAAGUGAAAGUGAAAGUGACUCAGAUGGCUCGGGCACCGGACCAGAUGAGAGCGGCAGUGUCGAUGAUGAACCUGCUCAUGGAGAAUUGUUCCAAUGGGUGGGGUCUCAAAAUGGAGACUAUGAGAGCGAAGCGGGCGACGAAAGCGGGGAAAGUGAUUCAAGGUGGGUUUUUUCCGAAUUGAUUCGUUUCCUUAUGACUUGUCCCAAGAUGGUUGGACCACUGGCUCAUGCUAAGUCACGUCUCAUUUCUACAUCCUCAAGGUCCCCCUUGAGACUGUCGCUCUAUGGUUAUCCAAGUGGCAGUAGUUCACUUUCAUUGCUUUACCCUUUUAGAUUGCUUUAGGUAGUUGACCUGCAUUCUUUUUGGAAUUUAUGUCCCUCAUCUGUUCGGAAUAUUCGAAUGCUUUUAGUUGUUCUAAUGUAUUUGGACAACUAUGAAUCGUGGAGCCUUGCUGCAAAUAUGGAACAGUACUUUCGGUUUGAAAUUUCUUCCAAUGUUCAUAGAGUGCUUGUAUCGAGACUCAGAAUAACUUCUAAAAAUGACAAUUCUGACAUCAAAUUCUCCCAGUGCCGAAGCGAGCGACCAGGAAAGAUGGAAUGACAACGACAGCGACCACGAAGGAGCGAUUGGUCAAUCAGCUUCCAUCGACCCCCAUACAGAAAACCAUACAUCGAAUCCUCCGCCUCCAGACCAAGACACCGCUGAACAUACGCUACCUGAAUGCAAAUGCCACGACCCAAUAUCGAUUGCAGACAAUGGAGUGACGGUAGAUCAGAGACAAUGGUCAUCAUGGGAGCUUUGGGCUACAGAUUCUUGUCAAAUGCAUCGUCUAUAGUCUUUUUGCUAUUUUCACGUUUGGGUGGCUUUUUGAUAAUCUCAACUCUGGAUGUUGCAUUCAUACACUAGUACUCUCCCCUUCUCGCUUAUUUCGUGUAAAAUAAUAUGGGAUAUUGAGAAUGGUGCUCGAUAACCAGCUCUUUACUCGAAUAUCUUUGGUUGAUUAAUAUGAUUAACCUCAAUACUUUCCUAACUGGGGAUUAAUGAGUUCAAUCAAAAUAGAGAUACCUACAAUGAUAAAUUGGAUUACUUCAGAGAUUUGAAAC